AUGGCACCUACCUACACGGUGGACUUUAAACAAGCAACAAUCGCUCAAGUUCAAGCCGGCAGUACAGUGGCUGACAUCGCCGCUGUUACUGGCGUUCAUGAGAGAACUAUUCGAAAGUGGCUACAUGCACUAGCGGAGGGCAAGUCACUAAAAGCCGGAUGGCCUGGGCCCAAAACGCUCUUACCGAAAGUAGCAGAAGACCAUCUAUACGACUGGGUGGAAGUGGGCUUGCUGGGCGGCGGCGAACGUGUGGGCCACGGUUGCCCCCUAGCAAAGCUUAUCAUUGAGCUGAAACUGGACAGCUCGAGGGUCUUUAAUAUGGACGAAAUGGCUUUUCAUAAGCAACUCAAGAGCAAGAAAGUAGUCGCUGUUCGUGGAUCGAGUAACGUUUGGAAUACAGGACUACAGCUAAUUUUCACCUCACAAUUGUCGCGUGUGGAAGUGCUGCUGGCUUUAUAUCCCUACUCGGAAGAGGUGCUUGCCGCAGCAGAGCAUCUGAACGUAAUGCUGGUUUUCCUGCCCCUGAACACCACGCACCUUCUGCAGCCAUUAGACGUAGCCGUAUUCGCUACACUGAAGAGCAAGAUACAAACUCUGCUUGGGGAGAUCGUGGAGGAAGUCGAGAACGGAUACUACAACAUUAGCAAAGACGAUGCGAUUCAAGUAGGUAGCAUGGCCUGGCGAGGGGCUCGGAUCGAUCGAAAGUUUAAGGCAAGAUUCAAAGCUUGUGGACUGUUUCCCUUGUCUUUAGUUAAGAUGGGCGCCCGUUUGAACAAUUUCACACGAAAUGGGGCGCCUCACUACGUCCUGCUUGCCACAUGGCUGCAUAUGAAGGCGCUUGUCGAAGGCGAGAUCCUCACAAUGCCAGCUCCACCGAGCAAAGGCCGCGGCCAGAAGCGCAAGCGCGUUUCCGUCGGCGGACGUCUCUUGACACAUGAGGUCUUACAGGAAAUUGAAGCGUCCACCGCCAGAUCGGGAGCUAAAGGUCGCAAACACGGGGCUAAGCCUUGCAAGAAGACGACCUCGAUGUCGCCAAGCGCUGCCACUGGUAGUGAUAUUGUAGAUUCUACAGUAGUUUAG